AUGAAUGGUGUUCUACACAUCACAUUUAUAGUCAUCCUAAGUGUGGAAUUUAUAAUGGGCAACUUUGGCAAUGGAUUCAUAGCAGUGGUGAACAUCAUGGACUUGGUCAAGGGAAGAAAGAUCUCUUCAGUGGAUCCAAUCCUCACUGCUCUGGCCAUCUCCAGAAUUGCACUGCUGUGGUUAGUAUCAGUGAGUUGGUGGCUAGAUAUGCUCUACCCAGGACAAUGGAUGACAGAGAGAAUUGUUAGGAUAAUACUCAGUGUAGCAACAACUUUCAACCAGAUUAGUCUCUGGUUGGCUACAAGUCUCAGCAUCUUUUGUUUUGUCAAGGUAGCAAAUUUUUCCAACACUAUUUUCUUUUAUUUAAAGGUCAGAGUUAAAAAAGUAAUGACAGGGACAUUGAUAAUGUCUUUGCUUCUAUUGUGCUUAAAUAUUGUAGUUAUUAAUACACCUGAUAACACUUUAAUGACUGGAUACAAGGUAAAUAUGUCUAAAAGCUUGGUCUUGAAUAAACAGCUUUCUAUGCUGUUUCCCUUUGCCAACACUGCAUUUGUGUUCAUACCAUUUACUGUGUCACUGGUCACAUUUCUCCUGCUAUUCUUCUCCCUUUGGAAACAUCAGAGGAAGAUGCAACACAGUGCCCAAGGAUGCAGAGAUGCCAGCACCAAGGCCCACAUCAGAGCCUUGCAGACAUUGACUGCUUCCAUCUUAAUGUAUUCUAUUUUCUUUCUGUUCCUAGUUAUCAAAGUCUGGGAUUCUCUGCUUCUGGAGAGAAUGCUGGGGCUUUUUAUCAAACAGGCUGUUAGAAUUGCUUUUCCCUCGGUGCACUCCUGGGUCCUGAUUCUAGGCAAUGCUAAAUUGAGAAAGGCUUCUCUCUCUGUACUCCUGUGGCUGAGGUGCAGGCACAAAGAUGGGAACUCUAGAGUGCACAGACCUUGGGUUCAUUUAUGUGAAUCAUUUUGCAUAUCUUAG